CAGAGGGCCACUGAAGAAUACAUCCGAUGUGAUUAAUGCAGCUAAAGUGAUCUCAGAGGCAGGAUCUAGAAUGGAUACAUUUGCAAGGCUCAUUUCUAACCAGUGUCCAGACUUGUCAUGCAAGCAAGACUUACUCGCUUACCUGGAACAAAUCAAGCUCUACUCCCAUCAACUCAAAAUCUGCAGUCAAGUCAAAGCUGAAAUCCAGAAUUUAGGCGGAGAACUCAUCAUGUCAGCAUUAGACAGUGUGACUUCACUGAUUCAGGCUGCCAAAAACCUGAUGAAUGCUGUGGUGCAGACAGUGAAGAUGUCGUACAUCGCCUCCACGAAGAUUAUCAGAAUUCAGAGUCCUGCUGGCCCACGACAUCCUGUGGUGAUGUGGCGGAUGAAGGCUCCCGAAAAGAAACCUUUGAUUAAGAGAGAGAAGCCAGAGGAAAUCUAUGCAGCCGUCAGAAAAGGUUCAGCUAAGAAGAAGAUCCGCCCCAUUCAAAUCAUGAGCGAAUUUAGAGGAAGAGAAAUACACUGAAAUUGUUAUUCUGUUCAUUGCAACAGCUUUCUUAGAUGAAAAAGCUGCUGAGAACAUACUUAUUUUUUUUCACUUCUUUAAUGCCACAAAUGCACUAACAUUUCACAUUUGUGUGUUUAAUAUUUGUAUUACAUUAAGUCGUUUCAUUUGUAUGUGAUGAAGAAUCUGUGGGUUUUUCUACCCAGCUAAGAGGAGCUUUCAACACAUCAUUUUAAGUUUAACCGUGUUUUUGUAUCGACCACUCACUGAUGCAUUUGGCAUUUUAGCAUUUUGCUUAUGACAUAAAAAAAUGUUGACGUACGUUGCACUACUAAUUGAUCACAAUAUGCCAGGCUUAAUCAUGUGUAGUGUUUCUCAAAAUUUUAAGUUGUUCACAUGUAUCAUAUCUCAGUAUUUGCUAGCAAAAGUCUGGUAGGGAGUCUGUCAUUUUGUAGAAGGGAGCUGAUCUAUCUAUCUAUCUAUCUAUCUAUCUAUCUAUCUAUCUAUCUAUCUAUCUAUCUAUCUCCUAUAACACUGAGAUUUGAGGAUUGUACUUUUGAGUGAACCCUCCACUUCUCUGGUACCAUAGUUGCUUUCAUAUUAAGGACUAAUGUGAUAUACUUGC